AUGAGCAUCAAUACUAGAUUUCUCAUCAUUUCCGACACCCACGGGCUUGAGCUUCCCGAGGAGUUACGCCCUAAGGAACGCGUCGACGUAGCCAUUCACUGCGGCGACAUGACAGACGGCUCCAGAAUCGAGGAGUACCACACAGCGCUACGCCUUCUUCAACAAGUAGACGCGCCGCUCAAGCUCGUGAUACCUGGCAACCACGACGUCAGCACGGAUGAAAGAGCAAUGCGCAGGCUAGUCCGGGAGGCCUUCCCACCGCUCGACCCCGACCUGGCCGUGAAGGAGUGCUCCGAGGUGCGGGCGCUCCUAACCGGCGAGCAAGCCACGGACCACGGGAUACACUUCCUCGAGGAAGGCACCCACAGGUUCACUCUGGCCAACGGCGCCUCCCUCACCGUCUACGCCUCCCCAUACACCCCCGCAUUCGGCAACGGCGCUUUCCAGUUCGAGCCCGACAGCGGCCACGACUUCGCCAUCCCACAGGACGCCGACGUCGUCAUGACGCACGGCCCGCCGAGGGGGAUCCUCGACCGGGUGCCCGGGUCCGGGAGCGUCGGGUGCGGGCAGCUCUUCGAGGCCGUCGAGCGCGCCCGGCCGCGGCUCCACUGCUUCGGCCAUAUCCACGUGGGCUGGGGCGCCAAGUUCGUCGCCUGGCGCGAGGAGGCGCCGCCCAGGGACGGCGAACCGCCUCGGACUCACUUUUCGGCUAUCAAUAACAACCACUCGGCCGCUGUGGCCAGCCUGGCGAGCGUGAGGCCAGGAAAGUUCGAUUCGGUCGAGACGCUUGCGGAAAAAAAGACACGGAAGGAGGCUUGGGAGGCACAGGGGCAUUGCGAUGGCAGCUUCUGUGCUCACGACAUACACCACGUCAUAAAGGACAAGCAUACUGUUUUCGUUAACGCGGCAAUAGGAGGACCGCAUGACGAGAGGCAGUUGCCGUGGGUGGUGGACAUCGAACUUCCGGCAGCCCGUUGA